GAGGAGAAGGUGGAGGUUUGUAAUUGAGAUUGACAGUGAAGCGAGUCUACUUUUUCCUUGUCUGCUUCUCUUCUCUGUUGCUUUUCUUCCUUAUUUUACAUCCCACAUUCCUCAAAUUUGUCUUUAAUUUCAAACGUAACCCCCCCAAUUUCACCAUUCGUUAUCGCUUGAGUGUUCUUUAAAGCAAAAUCCAUCGCCCUCAACCUCUAAUCCAUCUGGGUUUUUGCUUACACCCUUUGAAAUCCUUCCAUUUCCAUGGCGGAUGAACCCCAACUAGCAGAUUUCCAAACCCUUUUCUUAAAUGGGCUUUCGUGUUCUUCAAUUUUCUCUCUGAUUUCUUCGAUGGGUACUCGAGUUUGAGGCGUUUCUGAUAUGGGUUUCAUUGUUCUUCUCUGAUCAACGCUGUUUUUCUCUCGUUGUUUGUCUUUAUCGUUUUAAUCUAAAGCUCUCAACUCAGAAAAUGAGGGAUUUCCCAUCUUGUUUCGGCGAAAAUGGUGUCCAAGUAGCAGAUUUCUCGUCUUCAAACAAUGGUAAGACCGCUCAAAACCUUGUCACUUGUGUUUAUCAAUGUCGACUACGAGGGCGUUCUUGCUUGAUUAGUGUUACUUGGAGUAAAAAUCUGAUGGGUCAAGGGCUUAGUGUUGGUAUUGAUGAUGCUUCAAAUCAAUGUCUCUGUAAAGUUGAUAUUAAGCCAUGGCUGUUCUCUAAAAGAAGAGGGUCUAAAACUUUAGAAGCUUAUUCUUCUAAAAUCGACAUUUAUUGGGACCUUUCUUCUGCAAAAUUUGGAUCUGGACCUGAACCAUUGGAGGGUUAUUAUGUCGGAAUUGUAGUGGAUAAACAAAUGGUUCUUGUUCUUGGGGAUUUGAGGAAAGAAGCUUUCAAGAAGUCCAAUUCCUCCCCUGUGCCUUCUUCUGCUGUGUUCAUUUCCAAGAAGGAGCAUAUUUUUGGGAAGAAAGUGUUCUGUUCCAAAGCUCAGUUUUGUGAUAAUGGUCAAAUUCAUGAUAUUAAUAUCGAGUGUGAUACGAAUGGUGUUAGCGAACCGUGCUUGAUUCUACGAGUCGAUUCGAAGACCGUGUUGCAGGUGAAGCGGCUGCAAUGGAAGUUUAGAGGGAACCACACCAUUUUGGUUGAAGGGCUUGCAGUGGAAGUGUUUUGGGAUGUUCAUAGUUGGCUGUUUAGUGCAUCACCUGGGAAUGCUGUUUUUAUGUUCAAAACAUGUUUGUCAGCUGAAAAGUUGUGGGGAAGUCAACCAUUUUGUGAUCCUAAUGUCUUGUCCUUGUCUUUCUCUCAGAGAUUUUCAGACAGCAAAUCACAAUGUCUUGGUUUCUCAUUGAUAUUACAUGCCUGGAAGAAUGAAUAGAGGAGUGGUUUGUUGAUUCUUUUCUAAUUUUUUUUAACAAGAAAACGAAACUCUUAGCGAUCGACAGACUUUUAUUGUCCCUUUUCGUGUUGAUUACGUUCGAUCCGAUGAACUGAGUCAUUUGAUUAUAUGAGAGAGGAUUUUGUUAUAGUUGGUUGUACAUUGCUCUGUUUGAACUUGAUCAUUGUUGUCAAGUAUAUAUCUAAUAUUACAUGCCUGGCUUUGAUCU